AGGGAAUGCGCGCCGCCACCAUCGUUCAUUCACAACCACCUGCUCGACGAGGUAACAUCGUUUCGGUGUCAUCCGUCAUCGGCGACAGACCGACAGGGCGCAGCAAGGAAGAACUUUCGUUUCUUCGGUGACUAUUCUCGCGGUCAACGCAAUCGAAACGCACGCACGUCUUCGACAACGCGGCGCUAUGUGGAAUAACGCGACUUCCGGCUUCACCUUUUCGAUUUACCUCUUCGUCCUUCUACUAACGGUUCUGGCUUCCGGGAGUGACAAGGUGGAGGCGAAACGUGGCUGUUCGAUAUUCGGUCAUUCGUGUUUCGGAGGCCAUGGAAAGAGAUUCGACCCGCUAGCGCGGCGCAUGCUAGAAGCAAGCAAUAACCUGCCGAGCCGACAUUCCCAAGAGUCCGAAAUACCGUCGACGAAUGAUGGUGACGACGACAACGACGAUGAUUUACUCUUCAUUCUUCCAAAUGAUAAGCUGCGGGAACGCUCAGAGCGAUCGUUCAUUCCUCCUCGGCGGGACACUCGACCGUUCAAUUCCUACCGACUGUCGUCUCUUGUUGACCAAUGGUUGGCGACGCAUCGUCGUCCGCAUCGCACGGACCUGGAAGUAACUAAUAAAUAAAGGGAGUGCAUACAGGCGAAUUGUCUGCGUAUGUGUGUCAAGACGAAGCAACUUCCACCUAAUUAAUCGGAAGGAGAAUUAAUAAUAUGUGUUAUUUAUUUAGUUAUUAUGCCGAAUCUAUAAUCAAUGACGCCGUUGCAUAUCUUUUCCGUGCUGUUGCGACAAUCACGUUUCUCGCGAGCGUUAAU